UAGCGUCCAACAGCUGGAACGCCAGCGGCAGCCCUGGGGAGGGGCGGGAAGAUGGCCAGGACGGCAUGGACAAGAGUCUGGACAAUGAUGCCGAGGGUGUGUGGAGUCCAGACAUCGAGCAGAGCUUCCAGGAGGCGCUGGCGAUCUACCCACCCUGCGGCCGGAGGAAAAUCAUCCUCUCAGAUGAGGGCAAGAUGUACGGCCGUAACGAGCUGAUCGCCCGCUACAUCAAACUGCGAACGGGGAAGACACGGACGAGGAAGCAGGUGUCCAGCCACAUACAGGUUCUAGCUCGGAAGAAGGUGCGGGAGUACCAGGUUGGCAUCAAGGUCUCUAGCCACUUGCAGGUUCUUGCCCGACGGAAAUCUCGUGAGAUUCAGUCCAAGCUGAAGGCCAUGAACUUGGACCAGGUCUCGAAGGAUAAGGCUCUGCAGAGCAUGGCUUCCAUGUCCUCGGCGCAGAUUGUGUCGGCCAGCGUCCUGCAGAACAAGCUCAGCCCCCCCCCUCCUCUUCCUCAGGCCGUCUUCUCUGCUGCCCCCAGGUUCUGGAGUGGGCCUAUCCCAGGACAGCCUGGACCCUCUCAGGACAUUAAACCGUUUGCACAACCAGCUUACCCCAUCCAGCCACCCAUGCCUCCAUCACUAGCCAGUUACGAGCCCUUGGCUCCGCUCCCACCAGCUGCCUCGGCCGUGCCGGUCUGGCAGGACCGCACCAUCGCCUCCAGCAAGCUCCGGCUCCUCGAGUACUCCGCCUUCAUGGAGGUGCCCCGGGAUGCUGAAACGUACAGCAAACACCUCUUCGUGCACAUCGGCCAGACGAACCCCUCGUACAGUGACCCGCUGCUGGAGGCCGUGGACAUCCGCCAGAUCUACGACAAGUUUCCUGAGAAGAAAGGUGGCCUCAAGGAGCUCUAUGAGCGUGGGCCCCAGAACUCCUUCUUUCUCGUCAAGUUUUGGGCGGAUCUGAACAGCACGAUCCAGGACGGGCCAGGGACCUUCUAUGGUGUCAGCAGCCAGUACAGCAGUGCAGAGAACAUGACCAUCACAGUCUCCACCAAGGUGUGCUCCUUUGGGAAGCAAGUCGUGGAGAAGGUGGAGACGGAGUAUGCACGGCUGGAGAACGGCCGGUUCGUCUACCGCAUCCACCGCUCUCCCAUGUGCGAGUACAUGAUCAACUUCAUCCACAAACUCAAGCACCUCCCAGAGAAGUACAUGAUGAACAGUGUCCUGGAGAAUUUCACCAUCCUGCAGGUUGUUACGAACAGGGAUACCCAGGAAACCUUGCUCUGCAUUGCCUUUGUUUUCGAGGUCUCCACCAGCGAGCACGGCGCCCAGCACCACGUGUACAAGUUGGUCAAGGACUAGGGGCUCUUGGGGACAGGCAGGGGCAUGAGGGGUGUGCAGGGGAGGGAGGGGGCCGUGCAGAAAAGCCACCCGUGCCUGUUGCCUUGUGAGAAGUCAUUUGAAGACAGGAGGAGAAGGAGAAGGAAGGAAAACAAUAGCCAAAAAAGACUGACUUGUGAUCGAAGAUGUUUUCUACUUAGGAACAGUUUCUUUUUUUUUUUUAAUAAAUAAAUAAAAUUACAAAAAAAAAAAAAAAAAAAAAAAAAAGAAGAAGAAGAAUGGGAAAGGAAGCAUAGGGAGAAAGGAAACCCACAUCCCCGCAUCUGGUGCUGGAGAGGGAGAGACGACCAGCCCUCGAUGUUGCUGGUGAGGGCCAGGAUCUCACCGUGCCACCAGCAGCAGCAGCAGCAGAACAUCAGUGCAGAGAACGACCCCUCCUUUCAUCCCCAGCCUCGCCCAGAAGUGGCCCCGGUGCUGAGAGGAGCAAGUGCUGACGCUCAGGAGGAUGCAGCACCAUGCCAGGUCUGAAACUGAUUGGCAUGGCAGUGACAGUGGCAUUGGCACCAGUGGCAUUGGCACCAUGUGGCACAGCCCAGGGGAUGUGGGACAGACGUGCAGGGUAGGGCAGAGUGGAGGAGGGGGACACUGCCACCUCCCCAGGGAUGCUCCUUCUCCAUGCCCAGCUGGGGCACUGGGAACCAGUGGCAGUGAAGGCAUCAGGGCAUUGACAAUGCAAACCAUAGGGUUUUAUGGCUCCUUUUUUUUUUUUUCCCUUUUUUUCCCCCUUUUUUUUUAAAUGAAAGUGCUUUUUAAUACUUUUUAAAAAGACAUCAUGCUUGUGAUCAGGCUGAUGGCCCUCUGCAGUGCCCAGGUGCUCCCCUCCCACCCUGCACAGGAAGUGUCUUGUUUAGGGAAAGGUUUGGGAUGUCUCCAUCUCUGGCUGGGUUUUAUGGAGGAUCCCCUGAGCUCUGUGUGUACUUUCAGGACUUGCACUUGGGGGUGGCCCAGGCUCAGUGUCCCCACUGUGGUCGUUUACUGAGGAGUCAUGAGUAGAGAGCAGUGAGGGCAGAUUUGCCUGAUUUAUUUUGCAUAUGUACAUUUUCCUUGUUUUGGUUUUUUUUUUGUUCCUUCACCUUUUUUUGCCUUUUUUCUGCGGUGACUGUUCCAAACUGCUCCGUCGGCUCCUGCAUCCUGUGGGAAGUGGCCAGGGAGGUGACUUGUGCAGGGUAAAACAUUGAGCAAUGCAGGGCCAAGCUGUCAGUGGACAGAGUUUGGGACAGAGAGGACAGAGACAGAGAGGGGACAGAGAACAGGAGGGGUGCCAGGAUAAGGGACUGGGUCGGCUUGGAGGUGUUUUUGUGGCUGCAGCCCAAAGUAAGCCAAGGCAGAGUGCCCAGUCCUGAGGCUGCAACUGCAAGGGCAGAGUCUGGGGAAAGCAACCCCAGGGUGCAGG